UGUUGUCCCCCUCCCCACUCCAAGGUCGCGGGAGGCGGAGGGCAGGUUUCCUAGGCAACCGGAGCUGGUAGUGUAAACACACCAGGCCCCGGAUUAGAGAGGGUGUCGUGCCCGCUGUUGCAAGACAGGGAUUGAGGUCGGAGUGGACUCUGGUCUGUCUCGGAUUGCCCUGGAAUCCAUCAUCUUUCUGGGAUAAGAUAUAUUAUUAUGAGCUUUAUUUUUAAUGGAAGAUGACUGAAUGUGAAAACCUAAACCAAGAAGAAAUAAUUAAGGAACUGUGUUUAUGCAAUGGUUUGUCUUAUGAGAUGGUUGGACAAGAAGGAUCAGAUACUUCAAAACUGGAGAUGUUUUUCUCAGGUUAUCCCUGUAUAGUUGGAUUAUCAUUAUUUCCUAAUUUAACAAGUCUCACAAUUGUUGCUCAAGAUAUAAAAGAAAUUUCAGGGCUAGAAACUUGUUUACGGCUUAAAGAACUCUGGAUUGCUGAAUGCUGCAUAGAGGGCUUGCAAACUUUGAAGAAUUUAAAUGACCUUAACCUUGCUGGAAAUCUAAUAAGCAGCAUUGGUCGAUGUCUUGAUCCCAAUGAACAACUGGAAAGAUUAAACCUUUCUGGUAACCAAAUAUGUUCUUUCAAGGACCUCACUAACUUAACCAGGCUGCGUCACUUAAAGGAUUUGUGUCUGAAUGAUCCUCAGUAUAAGACCAAUCCAGUUUGUCUGCUGUGUAAUUAUUCCACACAUGUAUUGUAUCACUUGCCUAGCCUUCAAAGACUUGACACAUUUGAUGUGUCAGCAAAACAGAUCAAGGAACUGGCAGAUACCACAGCAAUGAAAAAAAUAAUGUAUUACAAUAUGCGUAUAAAAACUGUUCAGAGGCAUCUUAAUGAAGACCUUGAAAAACUGAAUGAUCAAAAAUGCAAAUUACAGAAGUUGCCAGAAGAACGAAUAAAAUUAUUUAGCUUUGUGAAAAAAAAUCUGGAACGGGAACUUGCUGAACUCAAGGGAUCUGGCAAAGGGCACAAUGAUAGAUCCAAUAACAAUAAAGUAACUGAACUUGAAAAAUCAAAGAACUGUGAAACUGUCACAGAAGAACCAAAUCUUCAACAGAAGAUACUGACCAAACUAAAUGCCUUGAAUGAAAGGGUAACAUUCUGGAACAAAAAACUAGAUGAAAUUGAAGCAAUUUAUCGUGUUGAAGUAAAGCAAAAGAAGAGAAGUCAUGGAUUAUUGAUCCCAUUUUUGUUAAUUGAGUUGGAGAAUGUGGGAAAUAUCCACUUUGAAGAAGGCACUCGAUCUGAUGACUGGUUUAACUCCUGCUAUGAAUUAAUUCUCUCACGUUUUUGUACAUGGGACUUCAGAACAUAUGGAAUUACAGGAGUGAAAGUAAAACGUGUCAUCAAAGUCAACAACCGCAUUCUGAGACUAAAAUUUGAAGAGAAAUUCCAAAAGUUUUUUGACAAUGAAGAUAAUCAUGAUUCAGAGAGCUAUCGAAAGAUGCUGGAAUGUCUUUUUUAUGUUUUUGAUCCUGAAGUUACAGUGAAGAAAAAGCAUCUGCUACAAAUACUUGAAAAAGGAUUCAAAGACAGUGAAACAAGCAAGCUGCCCCUCAGAAAAGAAGCUGUGAUUCUUGCUAACAGCCUCAGUAUGUGUGAGUGUCCCAGAAUUGAAUUGUUACAGCAAAAGUACAAAGACGAGAAGAACUCUCUUGAGAAUGAGCUCUUCAGGCAUGGCAUCCUCCUCAUUACAAAGGUCUUCCUUGGCCAGAGUGUUCAGGCUCAUGAACAGGACUCCAUCAAUCAAGCUAACUAUCCAAUGGUUAAUUCAGUGUUCGUUCCUCGAAAAUACAUACUAAAUUCUGUCAUGGGACAAAGAAACUGUGAUUGCAGCAUUCGGCAGUGCAAGUGGUUUGUCUUUGAUCAUGACCUUGUUUUGCCAGAAUACAUUGUUGAAUUUGAGUAUAUUACAGUGGUCAAGGCUCGCUCACUAUUUUCUUCAUUCAACAAUGUUAUUCUAGAAGAAAGCAAAAAAAACUCAGAAGGAUCAGUAUUGUCCCAGGAUUUGAAAUUUGAUGAUGAAGUUAUAAAAAUGGAUCCCAGGAUCAAGCCCAGACCAAAACUUAUUAGUUUGGAUGAUAAAAUAAUACUUUCUCUUGCCAAGACUAGCAUUUACAGUCAUAUUGUGAGUCUGAAUCUCCAUGGAAACAGCUUGAGUAAAUUGAGAGAUCUCUCCAAAUUAACAGGACUUCGAAAACUUAAUAUCAGCUUUAAUGAAUUUACUUGCUUAGAUGAUGUAUACCACCUGUAUAACCUUGAAUAUUUGGAUGCAAGCCAUAACCAUGUGAUAACCCUGGAGGGAUUUAGAGGUCUGAUGAAACUGAGGCACUUAGACUUGAGCUGGAAUCAACUGAAAAAAUCUGGUGAUGAAAUAAAUAUGUUAUGCAAACACACCACAAGCCUUCUUACGCUUGAUAUUAGGCAUAAUCCAUGGCAAAAGCCAGCCACAUUAAGGCUGAGUGUUAUUGGCAGAUUAAAGACUCUCACUCAUUUAGAUGGACUCCUCAUUUCUGAAGAAGAAGCAACAGCAGCUAUGACAUUUAUUACUGGAACAAAGAUUACUCAGUUAUCUCUCUUACGGCAUUCUGGUACUAAAGAGGAGAGACCACGGAUACUUAGUAUAUGGCCUUCUGCCAAAAUUCUGACACAGAUUUCAAAGUUAGGACCACAUUUACAUCUGAGCGGAAACUGGUACUUGAAGAUAACUGCUUUAAAUUUAGAUGGGCAACAUCUCUUUGAAAUUACAAAUUUAGAAAAAUUAGAAAAUUUGAAAUGGGCAUCAUUCAGCAACAAUAAUCUCACUAAAAUGGGAGGCUUGGAAUCCUGUGUUAACUUGGAAGAGCUCACAUUAGACGGAAACUGUAUCUCAAAGAUAGAAGGCAUUUCCAAGCUGACUAAAUUAACCCGUCUCAGCAUAAAUAAUAAUCUUCUCACUGGUUUGGAAAAACAUACGUUUGAUAACUUGCUUCAUCUUCACUCCCUUUCUCUUGAGAACAACAGAAUCACUUCAUUGAGUGGUCUACUAAAAGCUGUUACUCUGAUUGAAUUAUACAUAAGCAAUAACUAUAUUGCUGUCAAUCAGGAGAUCUACAAUUUAAAGGGUUUAUGCAACCUGGUCAUUCUUGACAUGUAUGGAAAUAUUAUCGUAUGGAAUCAAGAAAACUACCGGUUGUUUGUAAUAUUUCAUCUUCCAGAACUGAAAGCUUUGGAUGGAAUCUCAAUUGAACCACCAGAGACUGAAUGUGCAAAAGAUUUGUUUGGUGGCAGACUUACUUCUGACAUGAUUGCAGAACGACAAGGACAUUCAAACUUCACCCAAAUGCAAGAACUAAAUUGGACUUCAUCAUCCAUCAGAACUGUGGAUUUGAUUCCAGUUGACCAAUUUAGAAAUGUAUGUAAUGUGAAUCUACAAAACAAUAAUCUUACCUCAUUCAGUGGAUUAAUCUAUCUGCCUAAUGUGAAGGUCUUAUGCCUCAAUUAUAAUCAUAUUGAAUCCAUCAUGCCCAGAGUAAAACCUCAGACUCACUUGACCAACAGACAGCUACUCUACCAGAAAGUGCCUUCAAGUGGCUACGGACAACAAGGAACUUCAAAAAUAAACAGGUUACUAUUCUUUUGGAAUGAAAUUAGUCAAAUUGAAGGGCUUGACAAUUUAGUAGUCCUUCAGGAAUUGGUAGUGGACCAUAACCGCAUCAGAGCAUUUAAUGAUAGUGCCUUUGCCAAACCAAGCUCUCUGUUGGCACUUCACCUGGAAGAAAACAGACUACAAGAGCUGAGCAAAUUACAACCUUUGGUAAAACUAGAGAAACUCUUCCUAGGAUAUAAUAAAAUCCAGGAUAUGGCAGAACUGGAAAAACUUGAUGGUAUCUCUUCUCUCAGAGAGCUUACGGUUUAUGGCAAUCCAAUUUGCAGAAAAACACUACAUCGGCACGUGCUCAUAUUUCGGCUGCCUAACUUACAGAUGUUAGAUGGAAUUCCUGUGAAUUCAGAUGAUAGAGCUAAAGCUGAAUUUCACUUCUCUGAACUACAAGCAAAGAAAACUUCGUUUAUUCCUGUUACCAGCUCUCCAAUGGAUGGUGGAUCAUUUGGCCAAGUGAAAGCGCCUCCCAUAAAGAUAACAAAUGUAAUUCUGCCUGGUGCAUUUAGCCAUUACCCGGGACCUGACUUCACUUUAACUCCUGAAGUUGAAGACAAAAAAAACAAGAAUGCAGGCAUUCUGACAAAUAAUCCUCGGAGCAUCCAUGCAGAAAUAGCUUUUCGGCAACUCAGAGGGAUAAAUCUCUCUCCAUCUCUUUUAUCACAUCAGAGUAUGUCAUCUCCAACUGCACAUAUGUACCAGAGCAACCCAGAUGAGGGAAGAAUUCCUGGCAGCCACUUUCCAGGAUCAAAUCGAAUGUAACUGCUUAGAGAAAUGAAUAUACACCAAGUAACCUAUUUCUCCUUAGUAGCUGUACAAAAACUAGCAGACAG